AUGUGUCAGGAGAUUGAAAUCCUAAUUUCCAAGUUUUGGUGGGGAGCAAAGGAAGGCGAGAAAAAGAUCCAUUGGAUGCGAUGGAAGAGGCUGGAAAGAUCAAAGAAGGUAGGGAGGAUGGGAUUUAGAGGAUUCAGUGAGUUUAAUCAAAACUUAUUGGGGAACCAUUUUUGGAGGCUCAUGAAGGAAGAAGGCUCCUUGUUUGAAAGGGUCUUCAAAAGUAGAUAUUAUCCAAAGUGUUCAAUUAUGGAGAGCAAAACGAACUAUAACCCCAACUACGUAUGGAGGAGUAUCCUUUCUUCAAAGGAACUCAUUCAAAGAGGCACGAGGUGGUGUAUUGAGAAUGGGGAUAAAGCAAUGGCAAAGAAGGAUAAUUGGCUAAUGAAUGUUGCGUGUUUCAAAGUGGUGGGACAUGUUAGAAAUGUUGAACUGGAUGUCAAGGUGAGCUACUUCAUAGAUAAUGAUUUGGGUAUGUGA